UCCUGUCCAGACUCCCGUCGCGCUCUACCUGAAGAUGUUGUAACUUUGUGUCGCUCAUAACUUAGUUUUUACUUGAACAGUGUUGUUUCUGUUCGAUACCCGCGUUCAGUAUGUUUGUCCAUUCGAACCAAAGAGCUCCCGGCUGGCUGUGUGUGCUCGGCGGCUUGUUGCUCUCUGUUUCGGGGGAGGAAGUGUUGGAGAGUCGCCCCGGUGUGAUGCGGGAGCUCCGGGCAGCCUUAGCCGAGCUGGCCGGGGAGGGGAGGACUUACCUGGGCAGGCUGGCCGGGGAGCAGACGGUGCUGUCGGUGCAGAAGGCUUUCUCUCAGGUCCUCUCUGCUGUGGCAGGGAGUCUGUCUGCCGGCCUCAACGUGCUCCUGCAGUAUGUGUCACACUUGUUACAGGCUGCUGGAUUCCAAGUUGGUUUCCCCCUCAGCCCAGUGACCCCAGAGGGGCUGGUCUUUGUGGUCCAGUGGGUUCUGGUGGCUCUCAUUGGCUACUGGCUGAUCUCCCUGGUCUUCCGAUUGGUUGCCUCCACCCUGAGGCGGGCCCUGUGGCUGCUUAAAGUGGCCGUGGCUUUGCUUUGCUUCGGACUGAUCCUGAACGACCGCAGCGUGGGAUCAGACACCAUAGCGGUCCGGUUGGCGGUCCUGGUCUCGGUCUGCGUUCUGCUGGGGGUCGGGACUCUGAGGAGCUCUAGUGCAGCCGACACCACCGCUCACCUGGAGGAGCAGGUGAAGCUGCUGGAGACACGGCUGAGAGAGAUGGAGAGGAGGAGGAGGAAAGAGGAGUGAUGGAGGAGGACAGAGGAGUGAUGGAGAUGAGGAGGAGUGAUGGAGGUAGGACAGAGGAGUGAUGGAGAGGAGGAGGAGUGAUGGAGGAGGAGGAAUGAUGAAGGAGUGAUGCUGGAGUAAUGGAGGAGUGAUGCUGGAGUGAUGGAGGCCUCUUCUCCGUCCUCCUUCCUGACUCCACCUUCUGGAACUUCAAUCCAGAAGCGUUUCUACAUUCUGGAUGUUUUUCUACAACAGGUUAGAAAAGUAAUCGAUUACUCGUGAUGUGAUACUGACAGUCUGAUGACUCAAGCAUUCCUGGAAACAGUGAGUUUAGUUUCUGAAGUUGACUUUGUUCCUGAGAAGGAAAAAGCUUUUAGGUCCAAUAUAUUUCAUUAAAGAGACACUUUGGUAAAUAUCUGUCUUUUCUUUAUUUAGUUUGAUACCACGCUCCAGAAUAACCAUGAUAUCAAUCUUCUCAGAUCACUCUCCGAUAACAGGCUAAUGUCCUGUUUUUCAAAGCUAUUUCAAUAUUUCAUACAGUUCUUUACUGUGUGAUAAUAGUGACGGUGUUUACAUUCAGAUGGAGUCCAGCCUUAACGUUAGCUCAUGGACCAGUAUGACCAGUAUGACCAGUAUGUUAUUAUUAUGUACACUCGUGACCUGAGAUACUGGGCUGUUUAAUCACACUUCUUCAGUGUGUUCUGUAUGUUUCCUCAGUAAUGCAUUGUGCCUUUUGAUAAAGUUUGUAUUCAACAUAUUCCACCAGCUGACUUUGUGAAACUAUUGUAUAGAAAACACAACUUUUUAAAAUCCUUUCAGAGGAAUUCAAAGCCAAAGACGAGAGUUUCUGAGAUGAAUAUGUACAGCUGUCAAUUCUGUUCUGAUGUAAAAUAUAAUAAAUACAACUUCACAGGUGUUUAUUUUUAGAACUUUCUAGUUUGCAGUCAGAUCGGUUGUUUUUGGACUACGACUACAACGUCUGACUGUUUUCAUAACCAGUUCAGUGCCAGUUAUU